GUAUAAUAUCUCGCAGAGGAAAAAGUUUGGCCACAGUCAAGUCGCAUCUCUUGGACUAUCAGUGUGUAUGUUUAAAGUUGAAGUUUUGUGGCGGCUACAGUGAGAAAAGUAUGCAUUUACCGAACAGCAACAACUUGGCCAAAAUGACGGAUAUGAUGUUCACGACUCUGCAAGAAUCCCUACAGGAAUACCACGGGGAGUUAGUGCAAACGGGGUCACCGGCAGUUUUGUGCAGUGUUUUACCUAAUCAUUGGAGAUCCAACAAAUCGCUACCAAUCGCUUUCAAAGUUGUGUCUUUGGAUGAUAUCCCCGAUGGAACAAUGGUGACCCUUAAGGCCGGAAACGAUGAAAAUUACUGCGCCGAGUUAAGAAAUUGUACGGCUAUAAUGAAGAACCAAGUCGCAAAAUUCAACGACUUAAGAUUCGUUGGACGUAGCGGAAGAGGAAAAUCGUUCAGUUUAACCAUCACGAUAUCAUGUGCACCGUUCUACCAAAUCGCAACAUACAACAAAGCCAUCAAGGUUACCGUAGACGGACCUAGAGAACCAAGAACUAAGUCAAAUUAUCAAUAUGGUUAUGGAAUCCCCGGUAUGCCCGGAGCAUUCAACCCAUUCCUCCUCAACCCGCAAUGGUUAGACAGCGCCUAUCUAUCCUAUGCUUGGCCAGACUACUUCAGGCAAAGACCAACAACGCAAUACCUACCAACACCAGCGCAAAAUUUCCCUCAACCCAACUUCCUGCCGGGAAACCCAGGCUUAGUGCCACAUCUACCCAACAACUUCGACUCAAUGCAUCUACGACCGAUGCCUCAAAGUCCUCUGGAUCAACUCACAGUGCGUCUAAGUCCAGUGUCAAGCUCCCAGCACAGCGAAACGCAAGAAACCAAAAUCAACUCCACCAUCAACGACCACAACAGCAGCCACUCCGAGGAAGAAGACGAAGAAAUCGAAAUCGACAUCGACGUCAAGUCCGCGUUUGUGCCUCUGAAACCUGCCUCGGAGUUCCUCAAAGAAAUCCAGGCACCAGACAGCACAACUCUAACCGAGGACACCUCUCUAAGGAAAAAGCUCAAAUCCCCUUCAGCCCUCAGCAUAAGAAGCAUGUCUCCAAGCACGAAAAUCCACAGCUCUCCAACAUCGUUAAACUCCUCGAAACCAGUAUGGAGGCCCUAUUAGUUGCAAUAUCGUGUAUUUUAGUGUUUAUAUUGUAAAUUUUGUAUAUACAGAUUAUUUAUGUGUUAGAGAUUAUAAAUUUUAAUAAUGUACUACAAUUGUGAUAGGUAGGUGGCUGAUUCAUCAGCGAAUAGUUAAAUUUAGAUAUUUUUGUACAAACUGCAGAUGAUAUAGGAUAAUAAACGAA